AUGGCUGAAGCGCAACUACGAGACCAGCACGGUAACCCGGUUGUGUUAACCGACGAGCACGGCAACCCCGUCCACCUCACCGGUGUCGCAACCACUGUUACACCCGCCGCUACUGCAGGUUCUGGGUUUGGGACCUACGGUGCUAGUGCACACGGUGGUGGUGCAACAACAGAUACAGCCACCGUCGCGGAUCUCAUCGCAACCCAACCAAGGGACACUAGAGAGCUUCGUCGUUCCUCCAGUUCUAGCUCUAGCUCGUCUGAGGAUGAUGGGCAAGGUGGAAGGAGGAAGAAAGGAGUGAAGGAUAAAAUAAAAGAGAAGGUACCAGGGAGGAAGAAUAUGGAGCAGCAUUCACCACCAACAACUACAACAACAAGUACUACAACCGCUGUUACCGGUGUUCCCCACCCGACGCCGCCGCCAACUGCCACUGACCCUAACCCUAAUCACCCUCAGAAGAAGGGCAUAAUGGAAAAGAUCAAAGAAAAAUUGCCUGGGCACCACAACCACUGA